UUUGUAUUGAAUAAGUAGUUAUUGAGAUUGUCUCAAAUCGUAUCUCCAUGCUCUAUUUGUUCUGCAUAUUCUGCUUUGGUCAUUUUCAUGUCUAUCUCAUAUAUUUUCAACAUAUUAAAUAUAACUCUUCCCCCUAAACCUGAGCUCCACGAACAACAACUCUAAAAUCAUCCUUCCAAUUCCAGCAACUGAAAGCUUAGAUUUGUGGACCAAACUAUAGCACUACCCUAGAAGAGACACUUGCAAAGGAAGAGUUAGAGAAUAUGGAUGCAAUUAGUAUACAUUGAAAAGACAAGGAAGCAAGGGCUGCAGCUGAGAACUUGCAAGUUGCUAUCUCUGGGGUGCUUGAAAAAGUACUGGAAGAGAAAUUAGUUGUUGAGCAGAAGGAUAUUUGGCUGAACUACUAGUACAGAAGCAAAAGUUGGGACCAUUUGGGCAGUCAUGACAAAGAAAGGAAAAGGACAGAAAAUGGUAGCAAGCACUUUACAUCUCAAGUCUUCCACACAUUCACUGUCUGAAGACAUUCCCAAUGAAUCAACACAUGGUGAUGAAGAGGUGGAAGGGCUGGAAACUGAGGCUACCAAGAGGAAAGGUAGAGGCCUUGCUAAAGGAGAAAAAGGCUACGGCAUGAAUGCAGAGAUUUAUGGAAAGAGGAUUAUAACUCCCCAAGCUUGCGAAGUAUUUGGCCCCUCUUCAGGUCAGAGCUGCAAGGCCCAUUCAUAACAUGGGCACAAUAUCCGCAAGAUCAAUUGGAUAAGUUGUUUGACCUAUGGAAGAAUAAAAAUUUCAAAUUUGAUUGCUCCGAGGAAGAACUAAAAGAUGUAUUCACGGAAGAUAUCAAGACUCGUUAUGGUGACUGGAUGAGUGAAAUUCAGAAUAGUGUUUUCCGCAAACACAAGACUGCUGCAGCUCGAUAUGCCAACACUCCGUCGUAUUUGAAGCCAGAAAUAUGGACACCAAUGGUUGAUGAAUGGCUAAAAGAAACAUGGCAGGAGAAGAGUGAGCGGAAUGCAAUUAAUCGUGACAAAUUAACUAUGGUGCAUACAACGGGUUCAGUUCCAAUGGCGAAGUACAUAAAAGAGGAGAUUGAUAAGACUGGAGUUGAACUGAGUCCAAUAGAGAUGUUUAGAAGGUUUCAUAUUUCUAAGCCUAAAGAUGGAAAACCGGAACAUUGGCAGAGUGAGAAGGAAUGUAUGGAAUUGCAAAAACGUAUAGAGGAGACUUUGGGUGGUGAUGGUGAAGACGAAUUGGAUGAUUGGGACAUAUACAAGGAGGUGGUUGGUGGGUCUAAACAUGGCAAAAUUCAUGGCUUAGGUGACGGAAUGGAACCACCUGAAGAUGUGUGCGGUUCGAGUAGCAGCCAAAUUAACAUGCAAUAAGCGCGUGUGUUUGGAACGUGACAAAGAGUUUGGACAAUUGGAACAACAAGUUCAUACUCUUACGGAUAUGGUGGCUGAUUUGAAACAAGUCCUUCAAGCUUUCAUGGCAAAUAGUUCAAGUCAUUCUCAAUUUGCGAGAGAAUCACUGUUUUUUGGUCAUUUUCAAAAACUCCAUGCCUCUUUAAGUGAUUGCAUAUUCUGCUUUGUCCUUUUGGGAUUUUGAUUUUGCUGAGUGAAACAUAUGGUUGCAAGUAAACCUAGCUUUUGAUCGAUUUUGUAUGUGCCCUACUUUUUAAAGUGUGAUUUGUAUGAUUGUAUCACCUCUCUGCAUAUCUAAUUGAUUAGUCUUCUUUUGGUAUUACAUUGUGCAUAUAUUUGUGCAUGUUCAGUAAUUGAAGGCUGCAAGAGUUGUCUUAGUUUA